GUCAUGUUUGAUUGGCCCAACAUCACAGUGCCCAGCUCUUCAGAGCAGGGCCUGAAACCAGGAGACGGGGAUCUGCAGAGGUCUACAUGUGUUCUGGGCUUCUUCCCUGUCAUCUAUUAUAGCUCCCUCCUCUGUGUGGGAGUACCAGUAAACAUACUGACUGCGGUGGCUCUAUCCCGGCUGGCAGCCCGUACUAAGAAGGCUAUGCAUGUGUACCUGCUGGCUCUUACCGGCUCUGACAUCCUCUCCCAGCUCUUCAUUAUCUUCGUGGGCUUUCUGCUAGAAACAGCUGUGUUCCACCGUGAAGUCCCCACCCUCCUGCUGCGCUCGGUUAGCAUGGCAGAGUUUGCUGCCAACCACGCAUCCAUCUGGGCCACCGUACCCCUAACCGUGGACCGCUACGUGGCACUGUGCCAUCCGCUCCUCCACCGCCAGAUCAGCUACCCGGCACGAGCGCGGCGGAUCAUCACCGUCGUCUUUUUCCUGGCGCUGUUGUCAGGCAUACCAUUCUUCUGGUGGUCUGACAUGUGGCGCGUCGCCCGCCCGCCCACCUCCCUGGACUCUGCCCUCAUAUGGACACACGUGACGAUAAUCUACUUCCUGCCGUGUAGCAUCUUCCUGGUUCUGAACUUGCUGAUCAUUCACCGGCUGCAGGCGCGGCAGAAACAGGUCCCGUGCCAGGAGGAGCGUGGUGGUAGUGGGGCCCAGAUGGCCCCUCGGCGGCGCCUGGGUAAGAGCACCGCCAUGCUGCUCGCCAUUACCUCUGCGUUCGCCAUCCUUUGGGCCCCCAGGACUAUAGUGGUCAUCUAUCAUCUAUACGUGUCCUCUGUCCACAAGGACUGGCGGGUCCACCUGGCCUAUGACCUGUCUAACAUGCUGGCCAUGCUCAACACUGCAGUCAACUUCUUCCUCUACUGUUUCGUCAGUAAGCCAUUCAGAGCGGCCGUGAGGGAUGUUCUGUUGCUCAGGGGUGGUCCGUUGUACCACCAAAGGAUAAUCCACAAUCAGCAGGCCCCCGCCAAAGCCUCUACGUCCUUGCUGUCUAGCGGGACAAACAAACGCUCACACCGAGACUACCAACCGCACCACCCUAAGACCCUGCAGGGCUAACGAGACCAUAAUCCUGAGAUGAGACCCCUCUAAUUGAGACCAACCCCCUCGUCCACCCCAUCUCUCCAUCCCCUCUAUUAUGCCAUUCCUCCAGCCCAUGAACAAUGUGACUUUGACCUUAACUAUGGGACCUGACUAAUUGAGACAAACCCUGUACCCUCUUCCCUCCUCUUCCCUCCUAUUCCAUCCCUCUAUCCGUCCGCUCCAUCCCCCCAUUCCACUGUCCCCCCAACACCCCAUCCCACGGACUAAGUGACCUUGAAGGUUAGACACCCCCUUAAUUGAGACCAAACCCUCCCCUCACCCCAUCACCUUAUCCCACGAACCAUGUGACCUUCACCCUGAGACCCCAGAUCAACCCCCUUUACCCAUCCUCUUAUUGCCCCAUCUCUUUAUCCCUCCAUCCCACCAUCCAUCCCCCUAUCCCAUGGUCGCCCUAAGCACUUAUGACCUCUGAACCACAGAGAACCACAGAGUGCAUUCCAGCCAUGUUCCGUGGACAGCUGCCAAUCACCCUUUAAGGUGAACAUUCUCAAAAAGGGCCUUUUACUGAACUGUUGUUGGACUCAAAACAAGCAGAAUGUUUUCUGAUUCAACAUGUUAUUUAUUAUGUCCAGUGGGAAUCAGAUUAUAAUGGCACCAAGUAUUUAUUUUUUGUUAGGGGGAAGAUUUGGCUUGUAACAUUACGAGUGCUUGGCUUGACUUUAUGUUACUUUCCAUAUAUGGAAGCUAGUUGUAAUUAUGUAACAUGCUAUUGUUUAUAUUGGUAAAAAAAGAAAGAAUGCCAUAUGGACAUUAUUUGGUCUUGGUGGCUGCAGAUGAACAUGGUGCUUUAGUUAACACAUAGAGAGAAGAGACACUGUGAAAAGAGAUGAUGCUUUCAUCAUGUGCAUACCACUUAAAGUGAAUGGCUCAUCUAUCUAUUUACACAUUGAGCAUAGCCUCACCAUUUCCUCUCAGUUCUCUACAGGGGGACAGUUUAGUUCUAUGUGAAUCACUUUACAAUAGAAGGAAAUUCAAAAUGCUCUUCCUUUACAGAACAUAAGUUAAAUAAUAGUAAGACUGUAUUUUCAUAUAGUGCAUUAUUCUUUACUAUAAGAGAACAUUUCACAUGCCUAUUUGCCCAGAUGACAGUGUGACAGGCUUGCUGAGCAGCACAACUGAACCAAUCAAGCAAAAAAAUAGCAUUAAGUACUUCAUUUCAACAGUGAGAGCGAGGAGCAAACCACAGCUGUGGUUCUUUUUCAUGAAAACGCAAGUGGAUGGAGGUUUAAAUGAAUGCUUGCUGUAAGUGCCUAAAAGCCGCAGCAGGGGAAGAAGACCCUGUUCUACAAACACACUCCCCUGUGGGCUUCAGCUCAGCUAGCUAAACAAAUCCCACAUCAGACUGACGGACGGCACACAGAAAGUACAUUUUCCAUCUGCUCCUGUGCAGGCCCCUAGAAACAUCAAUAAGACGAUAAGGACAAAUUCAAAUGACAAUAUUUAAUAUGAGAUAUUUCAUCAAUAAGGCAUGAGAACCUGUGUUUCAUUGUAAAUAGCACAGGGCUAAGGUGUCCUCUUGAAACAUCCACACUUACUGACAAAUUUGCAUUAUCAUGUGUAAAUGGGAUCAACAAGCACUUUGUGAUAUCAGUAUUUGUUUGGAGCUGAGUGUUCUCUUCUCUAUACAUGGUUCUAACUAAUGACUGAAUUAACAAAUGGCAAGUGCAAUCUGUUGGUGUAUUGAUUUUUAAUGCAAUUAAUUAAUUUAGCCCCAAGAGUUGAUGAACAAUGGUUAGACUUUGAUCUUGAAAUAAGCAUUUAAUCACGGACCUCUGGCUAUUCAAUAAGUCCUCAGUGAAAGGCUUUUAAAUAAGGACAUACUUUUCUGUCCUCGUCAUAGCCAUUGUAUAACUGGUUUGAGAAGACAUUUCAACUACAUAAGAUAGUUAAUUUGUUUGCACUAAUAGGAACAGGCAGUAAGAGAGAAUUGACACAUUUUUGUAGAUUACAUCUCCUGUGUUCCUCUGUAGCUCAGUUGGUAGAGCAUGUGCUUGUAAUGCCAGAGUAGUGGGUUCAAUUUCUGCAACCACCCAUACGUAAAAUGUAUGAACUUGUAAGUUGUUUUGGAUAAAAGUGACUGCUAAAUGGCAAAUAUUUGGUCUUAGUGAAAUUGAGAGUAAGCUAAUUGCCUACUAUAUAAUACACUUUUUUUGUGACAUCCAAUUGCGAUCUUGUCUCAUCGCUGCAACUCCCCAACGGGCUUGGGAGAGGCAAAGGUCAAGUGAAUAAAAAUAUGACCCACCAAACCACGCUCCUUAAAACCUGCAAGCUUAAUCUAGAAGCAAGCUGCACCAAUGUGUCAGAGGAAAUGCCAUUCAACUGACAAGUGAAGUCAGCCUGCAGCUGCCCAGCCCACCACAAGGAGUUGCUAGAGUGCAAAGAGCCCAGAUGACCCUGGGACAAUUGUGUGCUGCCCUAUGGGACUCUCUGUCACAGGAGGUUAUGACCCAGCCUGGGAUUGAACCCAGGUCUGUAGGGGCACUUGCAAGCACUGUGAUGCAGUGCCUUAGACAGUCUUGCCACUCAGGAGGGCAUAAAAUACAUUUUAAACACAGGAGGUUGGUGGUACCUCAAUUGGGGAGGAUGGGCUUGUGGUAAUGGCUGCAGCGGAAUAGGUGAAAUGGUAUCAAAUGCAUUAAACAAAUGGUUUCCAUGUAUUUGAUGCCAUUCCAUUCGCUCUGUUGCGGACAUUAUUAUGAGCACUCCUCCCCUCAGCAGCCUUCACUGAUUUUAAAUCAUGUACAUGUGAAAGCACACUAAAAUGACUACCUGCCAUGAUGAUUGUUAUAAUCUUAAGUCUUUCAGAUGGCAGCCUAAAUACUCAUUGUUCCCACAACAACUGGAUCAUUCCUUGCGGUUUAGUGUUUGUAAAUAGCUAAUGUGUGUUUUAUUUUAUUUCACCUUUAUUUAACCAGGUAAGCUAGUUCUCAUUUGCAACUGCGACCUGGCCAAGAUAAAGCAAAGCAGUUCGACACAUACAAUAACACAGAGUUACACAUGGAAUAAACAAACAUAUGAUCAAUAAUACAGUAGAAAAAUCUAUAUACAGCAUGUGCAAAUGAGGUAGGAUAAGAGAGGUAAGGCAAAAAAAUAGGCCAUGGUGGCGAAGUAAUUAUAAUAUAGCAAUUAAACACUGGAAUGGUAGAAUGUGCAGAAGAUGUAUGUGCAAAUAGAGACACUGGGGUGCAAAGGAGCAAGAUAAAUAAAUUAAUACAGUAUGGGGAUGAGGUAGAUUGGAUGGGCUAUGUACAGGUGGAGAGAUCUGUGAGCUGCUCUGACAACUGGUGCUUAAAGCUAGUGAAGGAGAUAAGAGUCUCCAGCUUCAGUGGUUUUUGCAGUUCGUUCCAGUCAUUGGCAGCAAAGAACUGGAAGGAGAGGCGGCCAAAGGAAGAAUUGGCUUUGGGGGUGACCAGUAUACCUGCUGGAGUGCAUGCUAUGGGUGGGUGCUACUAUGGUGACCAGUGAGCUGAGAUAAGGUGGGGCUUUACCUAGCAGAGACUUGUAGAUGACCUGGAGCCAGUGAGUUUGGCAACGAGUAUGAAGCGAGGGCCAGCCAACGAGAGCGUACAGGUCGCAGUGGUGGGUAGUAUAUGGGGCUUUGGUGACAAAACAAAACGGAUGGCACUGUGAUAGACUGCAUCCAAUUUGUUGAGUCGAGUGUUGGAGGCUAUUUUGUAAAUGACAUUGCCGAAGUCGAGGAUUGGUAGGAUGGUCAGUUUUACGAGGGUAUUUUUGGCAGCAUGAGUGAAGGCUGCUUUGUUGCGAAAUAGGAAGCCUAUUCUAGAUUUAAUUUUGGAUUGGAGACCACACUAUCUACCAUGAGAGUUGUCAUCUAUACUAUUUGUAGUCGUCUAUUUACCACCACAAACCAAUGCUGGCACUAAGACUGCACUCAACAAGCUGUAUAAGGCCAUAAGCAAACAAGAAAAUGCUCAUCCAGAAGCGGCUCUCCUAGUAGCCGGGGACUUUAAUGCAGGCAAACUUAAAUCUGUUUUAACUCAUUUCUACCAGCAUGUUAAAUGUGCAACCAGAGGGGAAAAAAUCUAGACCUCCUUUACUCCACAUAUAGAGACGCAUACAAAGCUUUCCCUCGCCCUCCAAAUCUGAACAUAAUUCUAUCUUCCUGAUUCCAAGCAAAAACUGAAGCAGAAAGUACCAGUGACUCGCUCAAUAAGGAAGUGGUCAGAUGAUGCGGAUGCUAUGCUACAGGACUGUUUUGUUAGCACAGAUAUGUUCCUGGAUUCAUCCAAUGGCAUUGAGGAGUAUACCACCUCAGUCACCGGCUUCAUCAAUAAGUACAUCUACGACGUCGUCCCCACAGUGACUGUACGUACAUAUUCCAACCAGAAGCCAUGGAUAACAGGCAACAACUUCACUGACAUUUUCAAUCUCUCCCUGGCCGAGUCUGUAAUACCUACAUGUUUCAAACAGAACACCAUAGUCCCUGUGUCCAAGAUAGCGAAGGUUAUCUGCCUAAAUGAUUACCGCCCCGUAGCACUCGUCGGUAGCCAUGAAGUGCUUUGAAAGGCUGGUCAUGGCUCACAUCAAUGCUAUCAUUCCAGAAACCCUAGACCCACUCCAAUUUGCAUAUCACCCCAACAGAUCCACAGAUGACGCAAUCUCAAUCGCACUCCACACUGCCCUUAACCACCUGGACAAAAUGAACACCUAUGUGAGAAUGCUGUUUAUUGACUACAGCUCAGCGUUCAACAUCAUUGUGCCCACAAAGCUCAUCAUUAAGCUAAGGACCCUGGGACUAAACACCUCCCUCUGCAACUGGAUCCUGGACUUCCUGACGUUCGACCCCCAGGUGGUAAGGGUAGGCAACAACACAUCUGUCACGCUGAUACAAAACACUGUUGCCCUCAAGGGUGCGUGCUUAGUCCCCUCCUGUACUCAUUGUUCACCCACGCCUAUGUAGCCAAGCAUGACUCCAACACCAUCAUUAAGUUUGCUGAUGACACAACAGUGGUAAGCCUGAUCACCUACAACAAUGAGAUAGCCUAUAGAGGGGAGGUCAGAGACUUGACAGUGUGGAGCCAGGACAACAACCUCUCCCUCAAUGCAAGCAAGACAAAGAAACUGUUCGUGGACUAUAGGAAAAGAAGGCCAAACAGGCCCCCAUUAACAUCGACGGGGCUGAAUUCAAAUCAAAUCAAAUUUUAUUAGUCACAUACACAUGGUUAGCAGAUGUUAAUGCGAGUGUAGCGAAAUGCUUGUGCUUCUAGUUCCGACAAUGCAGUAAUAACAACAAGUAAUCUAACCUAACAAUUCCACAACUACUACCUUAUACACGCAAGUGUAAAGGGAUAAAGAAUAUGUACAUAAAGAUAUAUGAAUGAGUGAUGGUACAGAACGGCAUAGGCAAGAUGCAGUAGAUGGUAUAGAGUACGGUAUAUACAUAUGAGAUGAGUACUGUAGGGUAUGUAAACAUAAAGUGGCAUAGUUUAAAGUGGCUAGUGGUACAUGUAUUACAUAAAGAUGGCAAGAUGCAGUAGAUGAUAUAGAGUGCAGUAUAUACAUAUACAUAUGAGAUGGGUAAUGUAGGGUAUGUAAACAUUAUAUUAAGUGGCAUUGUUUAAAGUGGCUAGUGGUACAUGGAGUGGAGCGGGUCGAGAGAUCCAAGUUCCUUGGUGUCCACAUCACCAAUGAACUAUCAUGGUCCAAACACACCAAGACAGUUGUGAAGAGGGCACGACAACACCUUUUCUGAAAAGAUUUGGCAUGGGUCCCAAAAUCCUCAAAAAGUUUAACAGCUGCACCAUCUAGAGCAUCCUGACCUGUUGCAUCACCGCCUGGUAUGCAACUGCGUGGUAUCUGACCAUAAGACGCUACAGAGGAUAGUGCGUAUGGCCCAGUAUAUCACUGGGACCAAGCUUCCUGACAUCCAGGACCUAUAUACUAGGUGGUGUCAGAGGAAGCCCCCCCCCCCCCCCCUUUGUUUUUACACUGCUGCUACUCGCUGUUUAUUAUCUAUGCAUAGUCACUUUACAAAUUACCUCAACCUACCUGUACCCCUGCACAUUGACUCGGUAUCAAUACCCCUCUGUAUAUAGCCCUGUCAUUGUUAUGUAAUUUUCUUGUGUUACUUUUUGAUUUGAUUAGAUUUUUUUACUUUAGUUUGUUUUGUAAAUAUUUUCUUAACUCUAUUUCUUGAACUGCAUUGUUGAUUAAGGGCUUGUAAGUAAGAAUUUCCCGAUAAUGUCUACUACACCUGUUGUAAUCGCCGCAUGUGACAUAUAAAAUGUGAUUUGAUUUUGAUUUGCUUAGAGCUGUCCCCUCUGUGUGCAGCUGUGUGUCCAUCCAUCCAUACUGAGUUCUAAGAGUCUCUCUAUGUAUUCAUCCUGUUACGAGCUCAGAAGGUGCCCGGCCUGAGGCACAGACACAGAUGUUACCUCAUGCAGCUGUGUGUCCAUGUCGUCCUGCUAGUGACCAUAGCAUACUGACUUCUGAGAGUCACUCUAUGUGUCCAUUCUUCACCCAGCUAAGAGAGGGAGAGUGUGACAGCACUCAGAGGUGUCCACUCUGCUCUGUGUACAGCUGUCCAUCUAACAAUGCCCCCCAUGUCUCCAGUGACCAUAACCUAAUAGGUUCUGUUGGUCUCUCUAUGUGUCCAUCCUAUGACCUGUUAAGACAGGGGCUUGGCCUCGGGGUACAGACGCAGAUUUUACCGAAAGUUUCUUUGAAGACAUGCCCCCACCCAGCGAGGGGGAUGAGAAAGGGUGUAACUAUGGCGACCCCAUGGGGACACACACAGUGGGGACGUCGGCGGUAUCAUGAGGGAUCAUGGGAGAAAACAGUUUAGAGUUUAAACAUUAACACGGUGGUGAUAUAUCAGGGCAGGCUCUGAUUGGUAUCUUAAUGGAGGCUCCGACACAACUGUAGUGAUGAUGAUUAUGUCUGUGUCCCAAAUGGAACGCACUAAGUAGUGCUCUUUAUAGGGAGCAGUGUGCCAUUUGGGACACCGGCAAUGCUCCUUUAUGGAGGAGGGGAGAGAAGAGGAAGAGGGGAGAGGAGAGGAGGAGGAAGGGAGGGAGUGACAUGGAAGAGGAAGGUUUUCCCCUCUUGCCACACGUCCCCAGCUCGUCUGUCUACCUGCUUAUCAUAUGUUGUGUGCCUGCUCAGACACCUGUCUAGGCCAACUGCUAUACACUCCACCCCCAUCAGUGUGACCUGCUCUGCUCUCUACCAGCUGUUUAUAUCUCACAAUGAGAACCACGGCAUAGAAAACACAACAUGUUGGUUGUUGAUUACAACUCUAUAGGAAUGUUUCAUCUCAAUAUGCUCCCCAUGCUCAGAAAGGGGGAAUGUUAGGCUACUUUAUUGUUCCCUGGGGUACAACAAGUUCAAAAUACACAUAAAGUACCUUUAGAUGUACGCAUAUAAUCUCAUAUGGUACAGUUCGCUAACUUUUAGUGUACAUGGGCGGAUAAUCUAGUAUAUGGUACAUUUUCUGUACCCAAUCAUUUAGAUAUAAAGGUACAAUCAUCACACUAUCACUUUAAAAAAAAGGGCUACGGGGAAGGUACAUUUCUGUUUCCCCAGGGUACAAGCAUAUUUUGUGUACCUCAAGGGUGCACUAAUGAUUCUUGACGGUUCUGAUCUGUACCUUUGCUUAGCAGAAAAGCUCCAAAUUGAGAAUGUGUUAUAGAAAGGUACAUAUGUGCCCAACCAUAACGUACAAUUAUGAACUUUUGCCACUUUAAUGGUUCUCAUGGCUUUGUCACUGUGGUGCUACCCUAAAAAGGUAAUUUGCACCAUAAGGUUCAGAGCAAAUUAGCCAGUGUUACCUAGUGUUGAUUUUUCAGUGUAACAUUUCUAGUGAUGUUUUAAAUGAUCACUCAGUGAUGUAAAAUAACCCCAGUGUUGGUGUUAAUAUCCAGAGUUGAGUCUGAGAGUGUGAUGAAGUACGUUUUACUCUGUGGAGGUUAAAAGAGUCCCAUUAAAACCACGCCCAUCAUUAUCAUAUUUCCCAGCAUAGUCUACUGCAGUUUUUAUUUUUAUUUAAGGAUUGUUUUUAAUAUCUGUGUUUUUACAUGUACUUUAAUUGAUUGACUAAUCUUAUGCUACUCAAAGAUAAAAUACCAUAUAUUUUUUCUAAACUAAUCCAAUCAGUUAGUUAGAUUUAUUGUACCUGAUACUGAAAUGGUUGUUCCAGUUUAAAUGGUUUGGGUGGUCUCCUUUUUCAAUGUUUCUAACCCUGACAGUCUUUCUGAAUGUAGUAUGUGGGUGAAUAAAACAAUUCCAUAUGUUAGAUGUUCUAACUCUGACUGGAAUCCAAUAGGUAUUAAACAUCACUUUGCAAACCAGCAUAAUGUAAUUUGCAGGUCUGAUGUGGCCACUAAACCAUGACCAUGUAAACCUGACCUCUUGGUGUAAUGGGUGUGUGUUUGACAUUCAUUCACUGGACCCAGAUUUGAGUCCUAGUCAGGGCUACCCCCUGAAUUCGCUGCAUUUGUGUCAGGGAUGUAGUGAUGGGAAGUUCAGCUCUUUUUACUGACUCUAAUCUUUUCAAACUCAUUCAGUCAAAGAACAAAUCUUUGAACUUGUUUCAGUAAUACCCAGAGCAUGCAGGACCCCAUACUGGCGAAAGAUGAAGUGAAAACUCGAACGAGUCAUGAUUCUACAAGCCUCUCGUUCACAUGUCAUUCACCACAAGGGGCUAAUUGGAGCUGACAUUUGUUAUGAGACUUAUGAAAAUGUGCUUCAAACAAUGUACAUUUCUGAUUGCUACGCAUACAAAAAAUAUUGUUUAUUGAUACCUUUGUAACAAGGUCUAGUUGUGGCAGCAACCGGAUUAGAACGACUCUUGGCGGAAUGACACUGCUUGACUGCAGCAAGGGAUAUUAGCUCUAAAUUGUUUGCGUACUGACGCAGACACCCAAAUGAUUCGUUCUCGAGUUUGAGUGUUGAGCAGAGGCAGGCUGUGUAUGUUUUGGUUCUACAAAACUGUGUCCAUCAAUGACACUGAAUAAUCAAUUAAUAGCAUUCAUUCUUUCACCAUGUGGUCAAUCUUCAGUUCAAAACAAUUACUUUCUUGUCUGGGUCGGCCUGCAGCCUGAUCUAUUUUCCCGCGCACACAUGAUAAACAAUUUCUGGUUGGAGCACGUGCCCAGAGCAACUGAGCCAGAGGAGUGCAUAUUAACCUUGCAGUAGAAUUCCUUGUGGCCAACAGGUCAAACUGAAUGACUAAAAGAAACGACACACUCUGAAAAACGAAUCAUGACUCUCGAGUCAGUAAAAAAAGUGUUAAAAAAUAACAAAUAAUUUGUGAACUGCACAUCACUAGAGGUGUGUGUACAUGUGAGGGACUUGGUAUAGAGAGCGGGUCAUUAUUGCCACUUAAAAGGAACAAAUGGCUUUGUCACUGUGGUGGUACCCUGAAAAGGCUAAAUUGUACCUUUUCUAAAGGUGCGCUUUUGUACCUGUGGAAUACAUGUAAGAAAGGUACAAACUGGGGUGCAAUUAUAUACCUUUAACUAAUGGUAUAAAGGAUGUAACUUACAGGGUACUAACACAGUGACAAGCGUUUGUACCCCUUUAAGUACAAUUCGAGGGAGAGUGCAAGCUGAAAAAGAUGCACUUAUCUGUCAUCCAACAUUGCUCUUAUUAUACAACUGUAAUUUUCCCCUGUUACAAUGCAGUGUGUCCAACACCUACCUGACGGCGCACUCAGAUGAUCCCUUUGAUAUUUACUCAAUUGUUAUGAAAGUGAAGCUAAGAAUGAUGUUUUCGUGCUGCCUGCCCAACGUGUUUCUUUAAAUGAAUGUUAUCGAGAAUUGAGAACCUAAAGAAAAUACCUUUCUAUCGGCAUGUUGCUCUUGUCUUGCAUGUUGCCUCACUGUCUCACUGUUGUCAAGUGGCUUCAUGAUCAAUGUUUACUUGUGGUUUAUGUUAUGAACGCUUACCUUCACCUGUUCCCAGAUCUCUUUGUGCUGUUUUUGCCAAGUGAUAUGGUCAGUUGGAAUUGAUAAGACAGCACAAACAGAUUUGGAACCAGGCUAUCUUUCCCCCACCACAGCACAAUAAUGUAAUGCACAGAAUUGUAUUGUCCUGUCAUCAAGCACUGAUACUAGAGUUGUACUUUGUAUGGAAAGAAAAUAAAUGUUUAAUGGUG